AUGGCUCUAGCACAAAACGUGGAAUGCUCGCUGGGAGAAUCGGAUAAACUCGGACUGAGUGGACGGGUAAAAAUGGCGAAUGGACGAGGCGAUGGUGCGUUCGUGGCCACUUGGAGAAGGGCUGCGUCGUGGUUUAGUCUCUUCGAGUGCGACAUGGGGCGUGAAAAUGGCGAGGAAUUGCUUCUCGAGAGCUGCGAUCAUUGUGCAGCCUUCACUGCAGUACUUCCCGUUGCUUUCGGCCAUCGCGCCGGGAUGUUCUUUCAGUAA